AAUGGUGAAAAUCUCUUCCUCAUCAUCUUCUCUCACACAAUCUCCCUCUCUCUAAAAAUGGUGAAAGGGUCCCAGAAAAUCGUGGCCGUAGAUCAAGAUAUACCAAUAAUAGAUAUGUCGCAGGAGAGAUCACAAGUGUCGAUGCAGAUAGUCAAAGCCUGUGAGACUCUCGGCUUCUUCAAAGUGAUCAACCAUGGCGUUGACCAAACCACAAUCUCAAGGAUGGAGCAAGAGUCUACAAACUUCUUUGCUAAACCGGCUCACGAGAAGAAAUCAGUCCGACCGGUUAACCAGCCUUUCCGGUAUGGGUUUAGAGACAUUGGCCUCAACGGUGACUCUGGUGAGGUCGAGUAUUUGCUGUUUCACACUAACGACCCUGUCUUUCGUUCUCAGCUCUCCUUCAGCUCGACAGUGAAUUGUUACAUAGAAGCAGUUAAGCAGUUGGCUCGUGAGAUCUUAGAUCUGACGGCUGAGGGACUUCAUGUCCCACCUCACAGUUUCAGUAGGUUAAUCAGCUCCGUCGAUAGUGACUCCGUUCUGAGAGUGAAUCAUUAUCCACCGUCCGAUCAAUUCUUUGGUGGAGCGAAUCUUUCUGACAAAUCUGUGUCACUGACAAGAGUUGGCUUCGGAGAACACACCGACCCUCAGAUCUUAACAGUUCUUAGAUCUAACGGUGUAGGAGGACUCCAAGUGUCAAAUUCAGAUGGCAUGUGGGUUUCUGUCUCCCCUGACCCUUCAGCUUUCUGCGUCAAUGUAGGAGACUUGUUACAGGUGAUGACGAACGGGAGAUUUAUAAGUGUAAGGCAUAGAGCAUUGACCUACGGAGAAGAAAGCCGGCUCUCCACGGCGUACUUCGCUGGACCACCGCUUCAAGCGAAGAUUGGGCCUCUUUCGGCGAUGGUCACGAUGAUGAAUCAGCCACGGUUAUACCAAACAUUUACUUGGGGCGACUACAAGAAACUUGCGUACUCGCUACGACUCGAGGAUAGCCGUUUAGACAUGUUUCGUACAUGUAAGGACUAGGAUUGAUGUUGGUGACAGAGAUUUUUAGUAAUAUCUCUAUGUAGUGUUUUUGUCUAACUAUGUUCCCUUAAAAAAGUAUAGGCUAAAAGUAGACAUGAACUAGGAGAUGAAAGUUUUGUAAUGUGUUACGUUAACUUUGUGGAGGUGAAAUGUGGUUUUUCACCCCACUAUAUUAAGGAAGUGAUAUUGGAUUAACGAUUUAAUUAUGAAGUAAAUUUAUAAGAUUCUU